AUGUUUGACAGUUGGAAAAACCAGGGCGAUGAUUGGCUGCCUCGGCACGGAUUGGGCCUGUUUCUUGCAACUUCAUCGCUACCGACUGUUGACCUUAGCUACCAAGUCUAUCGUGCUUCUGGCUUCAACGAAUCGAGCGACUUUUACAACUUCUCAAAUAUACGAUAUAGAGCACCUCCUAUUAAGGAAUUGAUAGUUAAACUUCCUCAGCUUCCAGCAAAAAGCCGAUCGUCCAUCAACAGCGACGAUAUGUCUCAGCAAGCACUAGGACUGUCAAUUUCCAAUGUAACCUAUCCAACACCAGGUGCCAAUGCGAGCACCCCCCAGGAGUCUGAAGGUUGUCUUUUUUUGGACGUGUUUGUGCACUGGCAUAUCCUUAAUCGUGCUGGUAAAGGACGUGGAGCUCCUGUUUUGGUGUGGAUCCAUGGUGUUGGAUAUGUUAUAGGCCAUAAUAACAACCCUGCUGGUUUCCUUGCUGUUGGAAACUCCACGCAUGGGAACGUUCUUUACGGAGGCGUCUUUAACUUGGGAUUCUACAAACCGCGACUGGUGCUUGAAUGGGUUCAAAAGAAUAUCCAUCAUUUUGGAGGCGAUAAGAACCGAAUCACUGCUUAUAGUGGUAAAGACUCAGCCCCAUUCCAGCAAGCAGUUAUACAAAGCCCUGGCUGGCGACCAGUUACUUCCAUUGUUACGCAGGAGGAUAUUUACCAAAAAUUCCUUAGCUUUACGAACACUACAUCUCUCGCUAAGCUUCGCGUACUGCCGUCUAAAGAGCUUAUUCGCGCCAACGCUCAACAGAUAGCCUACGACUCCACGUAUGGUUCUUUCAUGUAUGGGCCUGUCAAUGUACGUGUCAUGGUCGGCCACAACGCUAAUGAAGGGGCCCUCUUUACCCCGUUUACGCUUUCUUCUACUGCUGCGUUAGAAGACCUACUUAGAGGACUAUUCGAAAAUAUACCUCAAUCGUCAAUCGACUAUAUUCUGGAUGGACUGUACCCACCCGUGCUUGACGGAUCGAAGGGUUACACAAACAAUGUCCAGCACGGUAGCCCUAUUAUCGCUGAGAGCGGCUUCACGUACAACACCUGUCACCUCUCAAAAGCGUACGGAAACAACACCUACUCUUAUCUUUUUGCUGUGCCACCAGCUAUUCACACACAGGAUGUUGCAUACACCUACUAUGAUGGUGGAGCAACGUCAGGCGAUCCCAUGGGCAUUACAAACACUAUUAUUGCUAUUACUCUAAAGGAAUUCACUACUAGUUUUGCAGAGAUGAGCAUUCCAGUCGCCACUAGUGUUGAACAUUUCAAAACUUACAGUGUAGAUGCUAACGUUUUAGAGCUUAAUGUCAAUGGCAUUAAAGAAGUUCGAGACAACAACGCAAAUGCUCAAUGUGACUUGUAG